AUGUUAAUGUUCCGCAACCCCUUCGCCACCUCCACCCUCGCUCUCGUUCUCGCUUUCGGAUGGGCUACUCCUCUCCUCCACGUCAGGGCGCAAGAAGGCGUCUCGUACGUGAUGAGUAACGAUGGGACGCUACAAUAUCCUUGUGAGGGGGCUGCGCUGGCGGAGGUUUAUUAUCAGGACAAGUGCUCCGAUUCUGACGAAACCUUUCAAUUUACUGCGAAUGAGGAUAGUUAUGAUAACGACGAUAACAGCUUUUGCGACUAUAUCGCCGACAAGCUCACCCCUGACUGUACUCUGUUCGACUCGAGCAUCUUGGGUGACAAGUGUCAGAAGCUCGUCAAUAUCGCUUUUCAUGGAGCUGGGUGGACUCCUCCACCGCAACCUUCAGGGACGGUCAUACAGAAGGACGGAUUCGUGGUACCGCGUUACGUCUGCCCGACCCAUAUCGAUGCCAUCUCGUCGGUGCUUACCAAGCUGGUCGGAGGUCUGGAUUUGAUCCGGCCUUAUGUAUGCAAAUUUAAAGGAUUCGAAUGCAUCACCUUCGAGGACGGCAAACCCUCUUUGAGCAACAACCCCCUUUGCCCUGCGCAACUCUGCCCUAACCAUUUCACGAACGACCUUACCCGUCGUCGUCUGCAACCCCCUGCUAUUGCCGCGCGUCAGGUCGAUACGGCGGCGCUGAGGCGGAGGGCGAUGGCUGCUCGACCAUCUCGAGGGGGGUCUCCAAGGAGAUUGGCUCGGGAUGAACACCCAGUGAACCAUCUUCUGGAGGCCGAGUCAUUUGAAGGUGUCCUUGGGCAAGCAUUGAGUCACAGCUUUGAUUGUGAUGUCAAUUCUCUUAUUCAAAUCGGCUGCAAGCGCAAAACUUGGAGUUCAGAGGGUUGGGAGGACUGA